ACUUAUAAUAGUAAUGGUGAUGAGAUGAAAACAAAUGAACGUCGUAUAUUUAUGUUGACAGAUCUUGUGAUUUGUGCGUCUGUUGUACAUAAGUCAACAGUUAGUAAUUAUGAUACUACUGGACCAAAGUACAAGUUGAAAUGGAGUGUUCCAUUAAAAGAAGUAGAGGUAGUAGAGCCUCCUGAAGGAGAGGUGUUUUCAAUAGAGAAAAGUCCAGGCAAGACUACCAUAAGCAGCAUGUCUACUACAAAAGGCACACAAAAACAAGGUCCUAUGAAGUUAUAUGGAGAACAGGAUGAUCUUAUGCAUGAUUUGGCCAUUGCUGGACAAGUUGGUUCUUUGAUUCAGAUGCUGAGAGGAAAUUAUAAGACAUUUAACGCUGCAGCAGUGGAUAAAUGGAUCCAUGCUAUACACACAUUGAUAGAAAGAAAAGAAGAUGAAAUACGAGCCGCUGAUUCUUGUAAAAUACAGUUAUCAUUACCGGCUGCUGGAAAGUCUGGUAGAACUGUUGUUGUAUUUAAUGCUGGACAUGAAAAAAACAAGACUAACUGGAUUGCUGAUCUAGAAAUGGCCAAACUAGCCCUGAAACCGCGAAACAACCCUGCUUGGUAUGACCCAGAUGAAGACGGUAGAGUGGAUACCAAUUUACCUUUACUAAUGAAAUCAUUACCUAUUGCAUUAACAAGUCACAAACAACCAAUGAAGGGCCUGCUGGAUGCAUUAAUGAAGACUCAAUUAGUGGUUCAAGCUGCUGUCUACUGCCCUCUAGAGUUUGCUGACAUGUCUCCUAAACAACAUGUGAAAACCAGCAAGCGUGGGCUGUAUGAGGGAUCUAUAUGGGUUAGCAGCGGAGAACAAAAACGAUCAAUUCUAAGCAUUCUAUCAUUUCACCAACCUACACCUCAUAUAGUGGAAGCGUUCCAGUCAGGGGAACCAUUGGUGUCUUGCAUGGAAUAUGUACCCAAAGUUAAUAUUUUAACAAAGACCCGUAAACAAUCAGAGUCAGAUUUCUGUCUACCAGAGGCAACGAUGUGGGUUGCUACAGAAACAGGAAGGAUUUCUGUGUAUAACUGCCUGGAUCCAAGCAGACAGAGCAUAUUUACAUUUAAAGUAUCUCCAUCACCGAUAAAAUCUAUCAAGUUUUUAUUGAAUAGAAUGUUUGUUGGAUUACAUGAUGGUACAUUGGUGGUGUUCAAGAGGAUGCAAG